AUGCCGCGUCUCGCCUCCCUCAUUCUCGUCUUCGUCGUCUUCGCCGCGCCAUCGCGUCGCGUCGCGCUCGCGCUCGCGGGGCUCCCUCCGCCGCCGCCCGCGGACGCGGACGCGGACGCGGGGCGCCUCGCGUGGCUCAGCCUCGGCGACGUUCCGACGACGCCGAACGUGUGCGAGGGCUCGUUCGACGCGUCCCUGAACGCGAACGCCGCCGCGUGCGACGUCGUCACCGGGUCGCUGCUCGUCUCCGCGCGCCUCCCGCGCGCGUUCGACGACGCGCGCCUCGCGCGCGUGGACGGCGACGUGCUCGUGCGCGACAACGCGGUCGAGACGUCGCUUCGCGGCGCGUUCCCGGCGCUGACGCGCGUGGGCGGCGACGUCGUCGUCGACAACACGCGGCUCGUGUACCUCGCGAUCUUUCCCGCGCUCGAGGAGGUGGGCGGCGGGGUGUUCGUCCUGAACAACGCGCGCGUGUUGCGCUUCGGCGACGGCGAGCGCGCGGCGUUCGCGCGGCUCGUUCGCGUCGGCGGCGACGUCGUGCUCGCGAACAACGCGGCGAGGACGCUGGACGGCGCGUGCUUCCCCGCGGCGCGACGCGUCGGCGGUGGCGUCGUCGUCCGCGACUCCCCCGCGCUGACGUCCAUCGGAGACGGCGGCGGCGGCGGCGUCGCUCGCGCGCCCGAGCCGCCGCCGUUCGCGUCGCUGGAGGCGGUCGCGGGCGACGUCGUCGUCGCGCGGUGCGACGCGUUGACGCGCGUCGCGGGCGCGUUUCGACGCCUCGCGCGCAUCGACGGCGACGUUCGGCUCGAAACGCUUCCGUCGCUGGUCGAAAUCGAGGGCGCGUUCGCGACGUUGGACCGCGUGCUCGGGUCGCUGCGGCUGCUCGACGCGCCGAAAGUAACGCACGCGAAGAAGGCGUUUCUGUCGCUGCGGUACGUCGCCGGGGACGUGAAAAUCGAGGGAUGCGACGCGUUGGCGGCGCUGGACGGCGGGACGCUCAACGGCCUCGCGCAGAUCGGCGGGUCGCUCGUCGUCCGACGCACGUCGCUCGCGUCCGCGUCGUUCCUGUUCAGCCUCUCCAGCGUGAUCGGCGACGUUCGGUUCGAGUCCAACGCGAAGUUGAGGAGCUUGGACGGGUUACAGAACGUCCGGUACGUCGGCGGCGGGCUCGCGUUGCAAGGCCUCGUCGGCGCGUUCGGACGCUGCGGGGAGAUAUCCGAGGCGACGGGCGUCGCGCACGCGUGUUACGCGCGGCAGUACAGGUUCUGUCAGCCGCUCGUGAAGACGCGGGGAUGGGGCAGCAGCGCAGCCGGCGCCGUCCCGGGUUGGUACCGGUGCGUCGAGAGCGUGAUGACGACGCUGCUGAACACGCCGGAGCUGAAGACGACGGCUUCCGUCGUCCUCGCGUCCGGGCUCCAAGACGCGCUGCAGACGCCGAGGGCGGCGGUGACGAUGUUCGCGCCCACGGACGUCGCGUGGUUGAAGACGAUAGGGCCGGUGGAUCAGAUUCUCGCGAGGGGCGGGAGCGACCUCGCGGACGUCGUUCUGGCGCACGUCGUCCGGGGCGUUUUUCCGUCGAGCGGCUUGCGCGCGGACGACGCGAUGCACACGCUGUUGUUGGGGCUCGGGAUCAAAGUCGGCGUGACCCCCGGGGUGUUGCCCGCGCCGCCCGCGAAGAUCACGCGGUGUAAGGCGCAGCCCGGGACGUGGGCGGAGUGCGCCGGGGCGCCGACGCGGAAGGUGUCGAUCGCGCCGUUCGCGUGGUUGCCGCUUCGGGGCGUCGCGAACGAAUUCGUGCGAGAGAGUCGACGGGAUACGAGCAGCACGGAGGAGCUGCUGGCCGCGUUUCAGAGGAGCGCGGUCGACGCGUACGAGUCCGAGGUGGACGCCGCGGAGGCCGCGGCGGCCGCGGCGGCGGCGGCGGCGGAGGAGGAAGAGGGGAACGACGCGGAGGACGCGGGAGCGCCGAGCGAAAACGCCGACGCCCGAACGACGACGCUCACCCUCGAGGACGUCCUGAAGAGUCACGAAGCGUCCACGGCGUGGGCGGCGAAAGCGCGCGAGGCGAACGCGCACGCCGCGCGACUCGUCCUCCCGAACCUCAAGGCUGGGAACGGGUACGUGCACGUGAUCGACGCGGCGUUGACCCCCGCGAACGCGAUCACGCCGGCGCCGCCGGCGCCGCCGCCGGGCCCGCGAACGCCGUCGAGUUUUUCCCCGUUGCAAACGCUGCUCGUGACGCGACCGCCGCCGCCGCCCGCGGUGUUCCUGAACGCGCCGCCGCCGGUGUUGACGCCCAUAUCGCAGUAUUUCAUCGCGCCGCCGCCGCCGCCGGGGCGCGCUCCGCCGACGCCGUCGCCGCCGCCCGGAGGAGGCGGGAACGGCGGGAACGGCGGGUCGUGCGUCGCGCAGGCGCCGAACAUAUGCGGUCUCUGCGACUACACGUACCAGGACGAUCCGAACAUCGGGACGUGCUGCUGCGACGCGAGCUGCUUGGAGCCGGAGAACGGGGACUGCUGCGCGGACUACGAGUCCACGUGCGGGGGAGCGCAGAGAGCGAGAGAAGAGACGGAGGCGUCCGUUGGCGUGGAAUAG